ACUGGUCCCGGUUACUUUCGGACUGGGGCGCCAGUGUCAGUGUCCGUGACGACACACGGACCACCGUGGAGCUUCGUAUAUUAUUAGAUUUUACCCACGGAACCCCACGGAAAUCACAGCUGGAGUGGACGGGCUUGUUUGGAACCGUUACCCCGCUUAUUUCGGGGUGUUUUUCUCAGGGACUCGGGGAGUUCGGUUCUGCGCUUUAUGGAAAAAUCUCUGCAGCGUCAUUAGAGGAACAUUGUUUAAAGUCUUUAAAACUACUCGACACGCGUGUUUUUGCACGAAUGCGCGGAUAUUCGAUCAUUUUCUGCGUUUUGGAGUGUUUACAGAUUUGAAAUUCGAUGCAGAAGAGCCUCUUGUUUGCGCUUAACCCCCGAUAGCGGGUCGGGAUGCUAGUCGGUUAGCUUUAGCUUCCGUGGCUAACUCACCAGUUCAGUUUGUUCUUGUCGGGCCUUUUGCGAUUCGAAGUUAAAAAUAAAAUAAAACCACCGCAUGACAGGUUUUUAUGUAUGCAGACACAAUGUUAUGUUCUUAGUUAACGUGUUUGUGUUGUAAUAUUACCGUUUUUGUGUGGGAACAUUCGAAUAUUACAUUCAUUUAUCUCUAGCUGCGAUUAAUCGGAUGCUGAUCUGGGGAAAUAUUCGAAUAUUAGAUUUACUUUUGUGGCAGCAGGGUUAUAAUCGAAGUGCAGUGGUCAGGGUCAUAAUUAAGAGCAUUUAAAUAUUCGAUUCAAACACAGGAUCACUUCUGGGGCUGUACGAAUAAUCGGAGAAGUCCCCAUGGUUUGAGAUGGUUUAUUGCAUUUAAAGUGCGAAUAUUCGAUUCAACCAUGGGGCGAUGGGAUGAAUCAGACUCCAGGGAUACUUGAUUUUGUCUUUUUGGUCUAAAGGGAACGAACUAUUGCAUUGGUUAGGUCACUGGGAACCUGUGUCUGGACAUCUUAAACCAUUCGAUUGACCUAGGUGACGAACGAUUAAUUAAAUAAAUGUAAAUGAUCGAACGUUUGCUCUGUUGUUUGAGUCUUACAGGGACAGAUUAUCGCAUCCCAGGAACUGUUUGCGUGCGAGGAUUUGAUUUGAUUACUGGAACUCGGUGAUGUCUGUUAAGUAAAUUAGGUUUGGAGAGUCUAGGAUUCAUGAAGAUCACCAACUUUCACAGCUUUCAGAUCCAGUUUUAACCGCUGAGCCAUAAACAAAAGAAGCUUUUCGGUCUUGGCUCGAUUUGCAAAACAAACAUCUCGUUUUCCAUGCAGUGGUUGAGAUCUCUCAACACCGACUGCCCUGAGAGAGCUCGGACACUUUCGUUUUCAUCCUUCCCGGACACUCCUGAAUACACCUGCAUCGUACCUGGAUAUGACUAAGGAACCUUUUUAAGGAACAUUUAGCUUAACCAAAUCCAACCAAGUCUGUCGGAUCAGACUCGCUCACCGUAGACUGGUGCUUUGCCUCUGAUUUCCAAAAUGCCAACUGGAUUUAAAUCUCCUAAGAGCUGAAAAACGGAAGCCCAAUGAGCGACACACACCCAUCCCUCACUGAUAGAUUUUCCAAAAAAGUAAACCGAAGCAGUAGCAUUCUCAGCAGAGACCCUCCUCCUGACAAAAGACCCAAAAGUGACCAGGCCAGCAGUCCAGCGGGGAAUGAGUUUGACUCUACAGGGCUGGUUCAGAGAUGUUUGAUCAUUCAGAAAGAUGAAAACGGAUUCGGCCUCACCGUGAGCGGAGACAACCCCGUCUUCGUUCAGCUCGUCAAACAGGAUGGCGCUGCUAUGCGAGCCGGGGUUCAGACUGGGGACAGGAUCAUCAAGGUGAACGGAACCCUGGUGACCCAAUCAAAUCAUGUCGAAGUGGUCAAAUUAAUCAAAUCGGGGUCCUAUGCUGCCCUUACAGUGUUGGGGCGACCCCCUGGGUGUCCCCAGGUCCCUCUGUCAGAGGUCGAUAUGAACCUACACGGAACAUCUCUAGAUUCCCCGCAUUCCCCAAGGCAGAGCCGGAGCGAGCGGGAGUACCGAGCACUGAGCACCUCUCCUCUACCACCGUGGGAGAUGAAUGAGGAUUACAGCAGGAACCCCACGCUCAAGCUACUGAGGGACAUCCAGCAGGCCAAAAAACACAUCGUACAGCAGCAGGACCAGGUCCACAGAACCGUACAGGAUGACCUGCAUAUAGGCGACAGUUUUAAUGGUGGUGAGGUGGAUGUCGACCAGACCGGCUCCGAUGGCUUCUCCAGCCCCGCCCUGCGUGGAUAUUACCCAGCGUCCCCUGAGAGCCGGUGCAAAAGAAACUCCAGCAGUCCCAAGAACAUGAAGCAGGACAGCUUCGACUCGAGUCCUGCUCCCGAGAGCGAAGAAACAUCCGACCUGGACUCGCUCCUCCAUUCCUCUGCGGGCGGCCCCUCGCCCCGUCAGGUCUCUCGGAUCAUAGGAGUCGAGGACGAAUACUUUGAGUCUGAACAGGAACAGGUGAACGUGCAGUGCAGCUGUUUACAGAGCGUGGAGCUGCUGAAGACACGACCCGUUCACCUCGCCGCUUUCCUGCACCACGUGGUGUCCCAGUUCGACCCAGCUCCAGUGCUUUGCUACCUUCAUGCCGACCUCUACAAACACACCAACUCCAAAGAAACACGGCGUGUCUUUAUGGACUUCUUCAACUUCUUUAUCGAUCAUGGCGCUAGCUUGAAAGUACCUGUACCUGAAUCCAUCUCGUCCGAACUUGAGCGGCGGAGACCGGAGCUGAUUCCUGAAGAACUGCACAGGCAGUACGUUCAGACGAUGCAGGAAACGCUUCUCCCCGAGAUACAGAGGAUUCUGGAGGACUUCAGGCAGAAGUGCAGUAUGGGCCUGACCCUGGCCGAAGGAAAGCUGACUCAUCUGGACUCGGAGCAGCUAAAGGACAGUGCAGCUUUGGAGAGAGAGAGAUCCUUUGCCGAGAACCUCAUUACCAGGAUAGACGAAAUCCUGUUGCCUUUACAAGACAAAGAAGAGGAAAAGUGCACCACAAUACAGUACGUGAUCUACACCUACAUGAAGCAUCUCGGCGUGAGGGUCAAGGAGCAGCGCAACCUGGAGUCUAAGCGUGUGCGCAUUCAUUUCCUGCCCAAGAUCAAGAAAAGCAGCAGCAAGCUGGAGAAAGAGGGAGAAGAGAAGGUCAAGAAGCCACGAUUUAAUCUCCUGGGGCCACCGCGCCGGCCCAGCCGAAUCGAAACGACGCCUGUCAGCCGCAGUGGGGAAAGCAAGCCGAAGCCGCAGAAACAGCUGUCGCAACCGGCGAUGGGCAAGAGUGAGCUGGUGGAGGGCGGGCGUUUACGCAACAGUCAGUCGAGCGAAGGCUCUGACCUCACUACAUUCUUCGCCAACAGUGCCCCCUACAGUCCUGUUUCGGAUACUGCCUUCAGAGACUCAGACUGCAGUCCGUCCUCUAUGCCUUCACGACUCAGUGAUGGCGUUCAGGUUGGGGAAGGGCCAGAGAUGACGUACCCCCCAUGCGAUUAUCUACCCUACUGUCUGGAGCAGCUGGACGAGGAGCGAGAAGGAGACCGAUUUGUGGAUGAAGGCACACCCAGGUUCAGCAGAAGGAUGGAAGAAGUGCUCAGUGAUGAUGAUGCCAGUGGUGGAAUUUACUCAGAUGUGGAUCUCCCAAACUGGCAGCAGCUGGUUGGAGGGGAGGUUCUAGCUGGGCUGACACCCCAGGAGAUUAAGAGACAGGAGGUCAUAAAUGAGCUCUUUUACACUGAGCGGGCUCACGUUCGCAUGCUGAAAGUCCUGGAUAACGUCUUCUAUCAGAAACUGACCCGGGACAACAUCCUGCCCCCUGCCGACAUCAGAAACAUCUUCACCAACCUGGAGGAGAUCGUCCAGCUUCACGUGACGAUACUGGAUCAGAUGGCCGGCAUACGCAAGAGGGUCGAUUCAGCAGUGGUGGAUAAAAUUGGAGACGAUUUACUGUCUUGGUUUGGCGGAGGAGAGAUGGAGAGAAAGAAGCGAGCCGUGAGCACCUUCUGCAGCAACCAGCCUUUCGCUCUGGAGCUCAUCAAGAACCGACAGAAGAAGGACCAGCGGUUUAUUACCUUUAUGCAGGAAGCGGAGAGUAACCGACUGUGCCGGAGACUGCAGCUGAAGGACAUCAUCCCUGCUGAGAUGCAGAGACUCACCAAGUACCCGCUGCUGCUGGAGAACAUCGCCAAAUACACCGGUGACUCUGUGGAAAAAGACAAGGUAAAGAGAGCAGCUGAUUGCUGUCGCAAAAUCCUCAACCACGUGAACCAGGCGGUGAAGGAAUCUGAGAAUAAGCAGCGUCUGGAAGACUACCAGAGACGUCUGGACCUCUCCUCUCUGAAGCAGACCGACAAUCCGCUCAUCUCUGAAUUAAAGAAUCUUGAUCUGACCAAGAAGACGUUGAUCCAUGAAGGUCCUUUAACCUGGAAGCUGAACAAAGACAAGACUGUUGAACUAUACACUCUGCUCCUGGAUGACAUCCUGGUCCUGCUGCAGAAGCAGGAUGAGAAACUCGUUCUCAAGUGCCACAGUAAGAACCGAGCGGGCUCGGCGGACACGCAGCACAUCUUCAGCCCCGUCAUCAAACUCAACUCUCUAUUAGUGCGCUCCGUCGCCACAGACAACCGGUCCUUCUUUCUGAUCUCCAUGUCGGAUAAGGGAGCUCAGAUCUACGAGCUGAUGGCCCAGACGGUGUCCGAACAGAAAGUGUGGCAGAAGCUUAUCGCUCAGAGAGCCAAACCGAUGAAUUCCAAACCACACUGCGUCAUCCCGCUGCCUCAAUCUGUUGGCGAGAGGAACGGCGAGGACGUGGGAAAACCUGCCAGAGUCUCGGAGCGAGAGUCUCCCGGCAGAAAUCAUGCCUCAGGUAAAGGCCGGCACGCGGUGACCGGUCCCGCUUCCAGAGGUGAGGAGGAGGAUCAGGGUCAGGAACAUGGCGGUGCAGAAAGCACGUGUCCUGUCUCGGAGCUGUUGGACGGCCACGACGCUCAGUCUUUUUCCUGCAGAGCUGACGAGGCGCUGAAGACCUUGGCGGCGUUGAAGCAGGUGCUGGUGACCGAGCUGAUGGCCCAGACCGACGGCGAGCGGCUCGGCCGGCGUCUCCUCCGGACCACAUCUUUGCGCACAUCCUGCAGGACCCAGGACACGUCCUCGGGGGACACGGGCUUCUACGAGGGCACAGAGGACUACAGUGAGUGUGUGCGAGACCUCUCGCCUGAUUACAGAAGCGCUGCAGUUCCACAGAUAAAUAAUGUGUGUGUGUGUGUGUGUGAAUCAGGUUACCUGGUGUUAGAAGGCUCCGGCUCCGGUGAGAGCAGCACCGAUGAUGACGUCCAGUUCAGGAGGAAGGAGCCGGGACUUUCUCGCGGUUGCGCCGCCGAUUCUGGUAUCAGCCUCAGGUUCUCCUCGUCUUCAGGAGAGAGCUUUUGUCGCCUGAGCAGAGAGGUUCUCACACACCUGCGCUCACUACAGACCGACCUCAACCACCUCAAGGAGGUGGAGAGCAGAUACUACAGUCUGGUGCGUCAGAGGCAAUCGUCAGCGGACGCCGCAGAGAACCGAGAUAACAAAUAAGGGCGUGGCACGGCGUUUUCCUGCUGUCGGCGAACCUGCGGGCGCUUCACCCUUCACCGGACCCCUCUGUGCCCAGAUUACCACUCAUCACCCCGGGCACAGAACUCAACGCUGAGCUAAUGGACAUGAAUGAAGUGAAGGACGGGGCGACUUCAUGUAUUCACAGUACGCCCCCAGUCCAGCCAGCAUGGGCGGCCCAAUCCUGCCCUUUGCCCUCGCUAGAUAAAGAGAGACAAAAGGCGAAAUAUAAAUAUACAAAUAUAUAUAGAUUAUAUAUAUAUAUAUAUAUAUAUAAACAAGAAAGAAGGUUUUUAUUGUUAUGAUGUAAGAAAUUUUAAAUCAUGGAUGUAUUAUAUUUAUUUUCUUUCUUCCCCGAGUUGCUUGCAUGUGUUUUUUUUUGGGGUCGUGCUCUUCCAUUCUUGCAGCUUUAAAAUGCUUCAGGAUUUAGGACUUUAGGACUGGAGUUUGGUUCCAGGGCUGCUGUAUAAGCUGCUCCUAUAAACAAGAUCCAGAUCCAGAGCAGCCGUGCCGUCUUCUUUAUGUCUGGUGACUCUUAAUCUUUCUUUUCCUCUCCAAGAGAAGAGCAAGACCUCUAACUGAGCUGUUCAGGUAUGUCUAGGGCAGCAGAAGCUCAGCGGUCGCUGGUUCAAGCCCUUCACCGCCACCACCCUGAUCAAGACCCUUAACCCUCAGUCGCUCGUAUUUUAUUCCGUCACAGUUGUAAGUCAAUCUGGUUAAAUGACACAAAUGUAAACGGAACCUGAGCGCUCCCGUCACACAGCCUAAUGGUGCAAAACUCAGAAAUAAAGAAGCAGUUGUGCACUUCUCGACUAAUCUGUAUGUAUUUUUUUCCAGUCCGGAAUAAAAAGCUCUGUUUUUUAGAUCA